UGUAGAUUCCAGACUGGUUUUGGAAAGACUCUUAAUGAAAUGAGACGAUGCGAAUGAGAUCAAAACGUUAAAGGUCCUCUGUCUUAAAAGAACUAUGUCUAGCAAUGGUGACAGCUGUGUUGAACGUGACGUCUCGUCAAAACGUUAAAGGUCCUCUGUCUUAAAAGAAUUAUGUCUAGCAAUGGUGACAGCUGUGUUGAACGUGACGUCUCGUUAAAACGUGAAAACAACCUUGAUCACGAAGAACAAACAUCAACACAUUCUUGCGAGAAGCCUUUCAAAUGUGGGAUGUGUUUAAAGAGUUUUUCUUACAAGUGUCAGAUUAUGCAGCAUAUGAGGAUCCACACUGGUGAACGACCAUAUCAGUGUGAGGUGUGCAGGAAGUGUUUUCGGCUAAACGUCAGCUUGAAAGAACAUCUGUUGAUUCACACCGGAAUAAAGAACUUCAUAUGUGGAGUGUGUGCAAAAUGUUUCUUACUUCGUUCAAACUUGAAGAAACACAUGUUGAUUCAUACAGGCAUUAAGCCUUUCAAAUGUGAGGUGUGUGAGAAACGUUUCAGUGACAACUGCAAUUUGAAACAUCAUAUGCUUGUUCACAAUGGCGUCAAGAAUUUCAAAUGUGAGGUGUGUGAGAAACAUUUUGCUCGACGUGUGAACUUGAAACAUCAUAUGUUGCAUCACACUGGUGUGAAGAAUUUCAAAUGCGAGGUGUGUGCAAAACAUUUUGCUCACAGUUUCACCUUAAAGGAACAUUUGAUGGUUCACACUGGUGAUAAACCUUUCAUAUGUGAAACGUGUUCAAAAUGCUUCACACGGAGUUAUGACUUGAAGUUGCAUAUGCUGGUUCACACUGGGGUUAAGAAUCUGAAAUGCGAUGUAUGUGCAAAAUGUUUCUCACGCAAUUCCAUCUUGAAACAACACAUGUUGAUUCACACUGGUGAAAAGCCUUUCAAGUGUGAUGUGUGCACGAAAUAUUUCUCUCAGCGUCACAGUUUGAAACGUCAUCAGUUGAUCCACACUAGAGAGAAACCUUUAAACUGUUAAAAAUACACACUGUUUUAACAAACACAAUCAUCUUUGUCUGUUAUUACUAGAAAGAAACCUUUAAACUGUUAAAAAUACAAAAUGUUUUAACAGACAAAAUCAUCUUGAAGCGUCACGUGUCUGUUAAUACUAGAGAGAAACCUUUAAACUGUUAAAAAGACAAAAUGUUUUAACAGACAAAAUCAUCUUGAAGCGUCACGUGUCUGUUAAUACUAGAAAGAAACCUUUAAACUGUUAAAAAAAAUUUUUUUUAAUUUAACAAACAACACCAUCUUGAAGGGUCACGUGUCUGUUAAUACUAGAGAGAAACCUUUAAACUGUUAAAAAUACACAAUGUUUUUAACAGACAAAACCAUGUUGAAGUGUGAUUGCAAUCCAUUCAGGUGAGAAACGUUUAAAAUGUUGAAAAUGUACAGAAUGUUUUACAGACAACAGCUCUACAGCAGCCCGAAGCAAAACAUGUUAAUAUUAAUGGCAGUUGUAUGUAGCUAACUCUUGGUGUGAAUCUUUCAGGGCUAAGGGUCGUAGAGGACCGUGAUUGUCACUAUAGUCCGUCCCAUCAGCCUACAAACAUGGUUUUGGUAAAUAAUUUCACUUUGGUUUGACGUAAGACGAAAAGUAAAAUAAUUUUGGAAAUGGCAAACAGAAUACAAUUUGUGUGUGCAAUUUUGAAAACAAUCAGCUCAGAAAUAAGUAACUUGUAGUAAAUUUCAUAGUAUGAAAAAGAAAGGCAAUCCCUGUGGGACGGACAAUAAUUACCUGAUAUGAUAAAUAUUCUUAAAUGAUUUGGUAAAUUAAAUGUGUUACUAAGUACCUGAUAUGAUAAAUAUUCUUAAAACAUUUGGUAAAUCGAAUAUAUGACACCUAUAUUAAAUUUGUUAUGAAGUACGUGAUAUAAUAAACAUUCUUAAAUAAUUUGGUAAAUCACAUGUAUGGUACAUUAAUGUGCCAAAAUGUAAGAUGUGUGGUAUAUCAGCCAUGUUUGGGUUUCUUCAAUAGUGUUUGUGUUCUGAUAAUAUGUUGUGACAUUGUGAGUCCCUUAUGACGUUAUCAAUAAAUGUAUAUUGGAAUGUCCGUAAAGUUUAUCUUUAUAGUUUGAUUUUUACUUGAAAACGAUCGGUAAAACGCUUAACUCUAGAAUCGAAUCUUCUUGGAGGACCAGGCUAUCAUUGGGCUUGUUUUCUGUUCUAGCCAGUGCCCCAUGACAGGUCAACCAAAGGAUGUGGUAUGUACUCUCCUGUCUACGGAAAAGUGCAUAUAAAAGAUCCUGUUCUGCUUUUCCGGUAGGAGUAGCCCAUUGCGUUUCGGCAGCGAGUUUCCUCUCUUGUUAUCUUUAAAAAACAUUUCGCCCAGUACUCGCCAGAUCCAGGUGUUACUUGUACCAGGGCAAGACAUUGUUUUACUCUGUUUUACUUAGCUUUGAGUAGUACUGGCAAAUCGCUUUGAUAUUACCUUUAUUGUUGUUUAAUUAUUUUGCUAGACUUGUUUCAAAAUAUCUUU